AUGAGGGUCUUCCUCCUGCUAUGCCUGCUGGCACUAGGCAACGCCAAACCCUACCAGCCAAUCAACAUCAUGGACUUCAUGAGAAACUAUGACGUCAUGAUGGCCGAUUCGGAUGAUGAUGACGAUGACGACGACGACGAUGAUGAUGAUUAUGAUGAUGAAGAUGAGAACUGUCCGGCUAAUUGUCACUGCUCACCCAGAGUGGUGCAGUGCUCCGACCAAGGUCUGAUCUCUGUUCCUGACAAGAUUCCUGAAGACACUGUGAUAAUGGACCUCCAAAACAAUGAUAUCACUGAGAUCAAGGAGGAUGACUUUAAAGGCCUCCAUAAGCUUCAUGGCCUGUUUUUGAUCAACAACAAGAUCUCUAAGAUUCAUCCCAAGGCCUUCAGGAACAUGGAUCACCUCAGACUGCUGUACCUUUCCUACAACCUGCUGACUGAGAUCCCUGCAAACCUGCCUCCCAAUCUCAUCGAGCUCCGCUUCCAUGAAAACAACAUCAACAGAAUCCAGAAGGAUGCAUUUAGAGGCCUGAAGAAGCUUCAUGUACUCGAGCUGAGUGCCAAUCCUCUGGCUAACAGUGGCAUUGAACUGGGAGCUUUUAAUGGCUUGUCAACGGUGUAUGCUGGUAUAGCAGAGACCAAACUAACUGCUGUACCCAAAGACCUCCCAGCCUCCAUCACAGAGCUGAACCUGGACUACAACAAGAUCUCUAAGGUGGAGAUAGAAGACUUCAUCAGAUAUAAAAAUCUGCUGAGGCUAGGACUAGCUUUUAACCAGAUCAAGUCUGUAGAAAAUGGCAGUUUUGUCAGCAUCCCAAACAUCCGUGAGAUCCACCUGGACAACAACCGUCUGAGAAAGAUCCCACCAGGCCUCAACUCCCUGCGCUACCUCCAGGUGAUUUUCCUCCAUGGCAACAAAAUCCACAAUGUGGGAGUCAACGACUUCUGUCCUGUGAGGACCAGUGAUAAGAAGAACCUGUACACAGGCAUCAGUCUGUUUGCCAACCCUGUUAAAUACUGGGAGAUCCAACCGGCCACCUUUCGCUGUGUGACCGGAAGGAGAGGUGUUCAGCUCGGAAACUUCAGAAAGUAG